UUAUUGCAGCUGGAGAAAUAGUCAUGUUGUCCAUACGAUUUUUAUCUCCACCAAAGGGACUGGCCUUCGACUCCCCGAGCCCCCCACUCGCAAGCCCCCGUGGCGGCCAGAAGGAGCCGAAACCUCCGCCACACGGCACGGCGGCCGCCGGAAUUGCUCCAACCCGAAGCUGCCACCUCAAGUCCCGAUCUUCACCUCAACAUGCUGUCCCUCCGGUUCCCUAUUUCAGUAGAGAAGGUGCCUCUCAAUGUCAACCGAAGUCCUUGCCCGUCGUCUAAAGCCCAAAACCUCUCAUGCUCGUCUUGCUCUCGAUCGGCAUGGCAACGAGCCUUCGCCGGAGCCACGGGUUUGGCUGCCAGGGAGGAAGAUAAGGAGGUCAACGGUCGAAUGGCCCUCACCGGAGACUUGGUGAAGCUAGAGGAGCCUCUGCCCUCCGGCCUCCGGUGGGAGCUGAUGCCGAGGCACGUGGCUGUAAUAAUGGACGGCAGUGCCAGGUGGGCACGUCGCCGGGGGCUGCCGGCAUCAUCGGGCCACGAGGCGGGAGUGCGGUCCUUGAAGGAGCUCGUUGAGCUCUGUGGUAAAUGGGGGAUUAGGAUUCUUACAGUGUUUGCAUUCUCUUCCGAGAACUGGUCUCGGCCCAAGGCAGAGGUUGAAUUCUUGAUGGGCUUGUUCGAAAGAGUAAUAGAAUUUGAGUUGCAGAAUUUCUCGAGAGAAGGGGUGAGAAUAUCCACAAUAGGAGACUCAUCGAGGCUUCCCAAGUCAUUGCAGAAACUCUUGAAUAAGGCAGAGUGCUCGACAAAAGAUAACUCUCGACUCCACCUUGUUGUCGCGGUUAGCUACAGUGGAAAAUCUGACAUAGCUCAAGCAUGCAAAAGCAUAGCUCACAGAGUGAGAGAUGGUCUCAUCCAAUUGGAGGACGUCGAUGAGGAACUGAUUGAGGAGGAACUAGCGACUAGCUGUUGUGAGUUUCCCUGUCCAGACUUGCUGAUACGGACAAGCGGCGAGCUCAGACUCAGUAACUUCUUGUUGUGGCAGUUGGCCUAUGCUGAGCUUUUCUUUUCCGAAGCCCUGUGGCCUGAUUUUGGAAAAGCUGAGUUUGUAGAGGCUUUACGAUCAUUCCAGCAGAGGCUGAGGCGGUAUGGUUCGAGGGAGUCAUGAGACAGCUAUGAAGUAGGUUCUCUUCAAUCUACUUAUCAGAGAUUCUUCAGUCCAACAGAGUCGACUGAGACUUGGACUCAUUUAAACGCCGGGGGGGGGGGGGGGGGUGGGGGGGGGGGGGGUGGGGGGUAAUAGAAAAAUUCAAUUAAGCAACAGCUCCUCUAGAAACUGAUUCAUCGGAAAUCUUUCGCCAUUAUGGUGAUGUUACUCUUCAAUUAAGUGUUUGCCUGCUCGCGGUUAGUUCCUUCCUGCUGGAGCUUCCUCAGCUAUUCAUUAUGGCCAGUAUAAUGCAGAUCAACUCAGACUUUGAGAUUAAACAAGUCGCUGAAGAGUGAAAGAUAACUUGAGACUCAGCUGGCUAUUCAUCUUCAUGAUGAGUGCAGAAGGGAUUUGAUUUCUGCUGGUUUACAUGUUUGUAUGGUGAAGCUGUUCAGCUGCAGACUGUAAGUUUGCUCAUUUGUUUGACAUAUGUAUGUUUACUCUGGUCAAGUCUCAUCCAGCUUAGUUGGAUGCUAUCAUUAACUGUAUAGGAACUAAAUAAGCAUUUACAUAUAUAGCAGCAGCGGAUUUUUCGGUCCUACUUUUAUGUACAUCCUUGUCACGGAUACUUGGGCCAAAAACGAGGGGAGUUGGCAGAGUAAGCUUGUUAUCUUGAUCGAUAUGACCUGUUUAUAUAGUCGACAUUGUGGCCAUAGAUACUUUUAAUGUUGUCAUUCAUAAGUCUUAGAUCAUAUGUUGGCCUUCUUUGUCAGAGAUCAGUGUGGCAGCUUCCUCAUGUUUAGUGUGAACCAUGAAGAAAUGGGAAGAGAUUUGGAUCAACCAUGAUAUAUUGAUUUGCUUGGACUUUGUACA